AUGCCUAUGAAAAUAUUUAGUCUGCACAGAUUCAUAGCUACGGUUCACCACAAAGGACUUAAAAAUGAAGCAAUGCUGCUCACACAGCUUUAUAGGUCAUUUCUUACUCCUCACGCACGAGCAUGUACCGUAGUAUUGCCGAUGGUGAUUUUAACAGGCAACACUUCUUGUUUGAAGUGCUCAACUGUUCCUCAUACCGUCAGUCGAUCAAAAUAUUUUAAGGGUCUGACACGUCCUCGUUCUGGUCUACCUCGUCACUGUCAGGGGAGAGAAAGAACGUAUUUCUCCACUAACGGUACAUCUAUCCAUCUCCUUGUACAACAACACGACUUGUGCAGUACUGCUAUCAAUGCACUGACACAAACGAUGCGAUCGGCACUUUUUUUUCGAUUUUCUGGCACAUUUGUUAAUUUAUUUUGUUAA